ACCUGAUAACUGGGGUUGUACAUAGCAUGUGACAUUCCUAAAACUGUACCUGCCUUUCAGGGAGAAGCGACGCCCACAAGCCAAGCACAAUGGAUAGGUAACGGUUAACUUUGGAAACCAAAGUAGCCAAACUAAACCACCAUACUUUUCACGUGACAAGUUACUUGGAAGGCUUUCAGAAUUUAUUGGAGGCGAAAAGGGAAUCAAAUAUUUAGAAGUUGCGCGUCACAAUCGACAGGAUUCCACAGAGGGCUGAUCACUGCAGAACUUGCCAAGUGCGUAUUCAUGCAAAUAAAAAAAAAUCAUAGGCGUGCCUUUGGCGAUGGAGUCACAGCCCGAACUCAGAACUCCUAGUAUACCAACAAGCUCCAAAGACGGUGAUGCGCACAGCUCGGAUGCACUGAGUGACAACCGACGAGGAAACGUUUCACGGUCUAUAAAGAAAGGAAAAGGCAGAAGUGACGACUAUCUUUGAGAGAAGAUCUUAUUUACUGUCCUCCCUCAUCUUACGACAAAAGACACGCGAGUCAACGGGAGUUAGCAGCUGGUCAUUUCUUUACUGCGCACUGAGUAGCCUAUUUCGCCCUGAUUUUAUUUAUGUUACAGUAUAAUAUAGAGGUACUGCACUCUGACUGAAGAUACCGAUGUGGUUGAAGUUGACAUUGCUCCUCUAUAGCCUACUGUCACUGCGCGUAAAAUCCACAUUUGGAUACGGACCUGUCUCUAAAGAAACUUCAUAGUCAAUUGCCGUUUAAUUUUCUCCACAAUGUCUGAAGAACAUAGUUGCACUGGUGCUAGUCCUAUAACUGAGGUUGAAAACAGCAAUAUCAGCGUUCUCGGCUGGGAACAAGUGCAGCGCCUUGAUGCUAUCCUGACAGAGACCAUUCCCAUCCACGGCCGUGGAAACUUCCCCACUUUGGAGAUGAAACCCCGACAAAUAGUGAAGGUGGUGCGUAGUCGAAUGGAGGAGAGGAAUAUCCACGUCCGGGACGUGCGGUUAAACGGGUCUGCUGCAAGCCACGUUCUUCAUGAGGAUAGCGGACUGGGCUACAAGGACCUUGACCUAAUCUUUUGCGCUGAUAUGAAAGGGGAAAGUGAUUUUCAGAUUGUGAAGGAUAUCGUUUUGGACUGUCUCCUGGACUUCUUACCUGACGGGGUGAAUAAGCAGAAAAUAUCACCAUUGACUUUAAAGGAAGCCUAUGUGCAGAAGAUGGUGAAGGUGUGCAAUGAUUCAGACCGCUGGAGCCUCAUCUCCCUCUCCAACAACAGAGGAAAGAACGUGGAGCUCAAGUUUGUCGACUCUCUGAGGCGGCAGUUUGAAUUCAGCGUGGACUCCUUCCAGAUCAAGCUGGACUCCUUGCUGCUGUUCUAUGACUGCUCUGAGAACCCCAUGGCCGAGACCUUCCAUCCCACCAUCGUGGGCGAGAGUGUGUUUGGGGACUUUGAUGCUGCCCUCGACCACCUACGCCAGAAGGUGAUCUGCACGCGCAACCCAGAGGAGAUUCGGGGCGGCGGUCUGCUCAAAUACUGUCACCUGCUGGUAAGGGGCUUCCAAGCCGACUCCGAGACGGAGAUGAAGUCCCUGCAGCGUUACAUGUGCUCGCGCUUCUUCAUCGACUUCUCAGAUAUCAGCGAGCAGCAGCGCAAGCUGGAGUCCUACCUGCAAAACCACUUUGUGGGCCUGGAGGACCGCAAGUACGACUACUUGAUGACCCUGCAUGGGGUGGUCAACGAGAGUACGGUGUGCCUGAUGGGACAUGAGAGGCGGCAGACCCUGGGGCUGAUCGCCAUGCUGGCGGUGCGCGUGCUGGCCGAGCAGAACGUCAUCCCAAAUGUGGCUAACGUCACCUGCUACUACCAGCCUGCCGCCUACGUGGCAGACGGUAACUUCAGUAACUACUACAUAGCCCAGGUACAGCCCAUGUUCCACUGCCAGCAGCAUGCCUACUCCUCCUGGCUACCCUGCAACUGAGACAGCACAGGGAAAGGAAGGAAGGAAGGAGUGAGAGAGGGGGAGGGAGACUCACUGUAAAGUGUUUUUCAGAUAAAUGAAUGAGAGAAAAAAGGCAUCCCCAUGACUCGCCAAACUGUAUUGAAUUUAAUUGAGUCAAUUUCUGUUAGAGAGUGACGGUGGGGGGGGGGGAGAAAAUAACAGUUCAGGUCUCAGCUCCUGUGAGGUCCAUCUUAAACCAAUGGCAGGACAGUUUACUGUGAAAAUGCCACCCUGUCCGACACCUAACCCAAGCUUGGGAAGUAUGGGAUGGGGUUUUGCCCAAUACAACGCAAACAAUGAUGGGCAAGAAUGAAAGCAGCAGCAAUACUUUCAUUGACACUCACCUGGAUUGACUGACUCUGUUGCAAACUGAAAAGGCCGUUAAAUUGAGCGAUAGACGGACAAUAAUGUGUGGCUGCAUCUGUGACCUGUGGUGUCCAGCUGCCUCCAUGGCUGUGAGGAGGAUGCAGGUCCCUUUGCUCUCUGGGGGGUGUGGCUUGCACCCUGACGCGUGCUGGGCAAUGCCCCAGCAACACAGGGGUUACUAGAGCACCAUAAAACUCCAUUUCUGGUGUGACAUCGUCACAAGCUUUGAGUGACAAAAACUACACCUUAACUAGUAAUGAUUGAUAUGAACAUGAUGUGUUUACAAACCAAAGAUUUUUUCAUUUAUUGUUUUCAAUACCUACCCAAGUUUGGUGGGGAAGAAAAACAACAUAUAAUGCUAUCUAUAUUUGUAUAUGUGAACACGUGUUUUAAGUGCCUAAUGCCUAUCAGUAGUAUAGGUAGAGGAAUAAUGAGCAGCAGGCCAUAUCAUUUUGUGAAUAAAUCCAGUUUGAUUUUCGUCAGGCACACAAGACAAUAGCACCCCAGUGGCUUGUGAAUGUAACCGUGAAAUCCUGGUACAGUCCGUGUUGAUGUCAUAUCUUUUGGAAGAAAACAACAUAUCCCCUUGCAGUCAUAGAGUAUUAGUCGAUGGGGGAGAGAGGGGGCUUUUGCUGUACUUUGUACAAAAGUAGUUUGACAGAUUGAUGCAUGACCUCGCGUUAACGUUUGCGGAUAUUUGAAAUAUUCCAGCUCCAAUUAACAAUAGCAGAACCUCCUCAUAGGUGUGUUGAAGCCACAGAGGCUAGAGCACUAUUUUCCGUUGCUCCCCCGUAGUCAUUUUCAGACAAACAAACUCCACAGGAAUAUUAGUUUGUGCCAUAGUGCAUGUACAGAGAUGGUUUAAUAUUGUUUUGUCGUUGUUCAUGUUGACUGUUUCAGUUUCAUAUGGAUUACUGUAUAUUCAGUUUCACACGGUUUAAACUUUACUGUAUUUUGUAUAGGGGUGCUUAUCUUUUAACUCGCCUUUUGUAGCACGUUCACAGCAGGCUGAGGGAUUGACAAAACCUUUGUCGGAAAGAAAUAGGUUGAAAAAAUAAACACAGGAGGUAAAAGAUGCAGAACGGAUCGAAAAGGCAGAGAGCGAGUCGGUGUGUGUGUGUUCCUGUGCUGCCUUCUAGGAUGAUACUUGCUGAGACACCCUAGCAGGGAAUUACACAGCUGCCGAAGAGGUUGAACUAAGCUGGGCUGUGUAUGUCGUGUGUGCACUCGCUUUGGGUCGGCUGCAUACCUACCAGACAAUGUUGUGCCAAAUGUUUAUCUGCCGCUUGCCCAAUGUUGAAUGAGUGUUCUGCCUUUUGUCGAUGGAGCGCGAGGUUGAGGAUGUGUUGUUUUUAUAUUGAAGGACAGAUAUUGAGCUGUAAGGGGGGACUUGUGAAGGAGUGCAAGUGAAGGACAGAGGAAAGCGUGAGAGGCAGGGAGCUGGGCUGGGGAGAUAGGUGCAGAUGGUGAAGGGGUUUGUCUUGCUUUCACCCAAGACAGACAUGCACAGUGGUAAUACCUCUCUCUCUCUCUCUCUCUCUCUCUCUCUCUCUCUCUCUCCCAUCUUUAAGAGGACCUAAGCAGAGUGAAUAGGCAGGAGAGAGAGGGGGGUCCUGGUACACACAACACAACUUUAGGGAGGUAGCCUGUUAUUAUCAUUACCUCUGUGUGUCAGGGCCUCUUCUCUGUGGGACUAAACAGAUAUCCACGCAUGCCUUAUGAGCUUUGAUUACAUUCCCUGGGUUGGUGCACUGCCAAUGUAUUACUGUAAAUGACCUGUUAAUUGAGGCUAGGUUAGGCGGUGGCUACAUGAUCUAGCUGCUAUGCCGUAAGUUCCAAGCCCAUGGGGAAAUACUGUCUCAUGCUAAUUCAGUUUCUCUAAUGCCAUUUCUAAACAUAACAUCUGAAACAUGUUGAUAGGAACUGAUAGGAAUUGAUUUUUUGACAUAAAGAUGAAAAUGAUUGAUGAUUCAUCACCAGUAUUGUGGGUCUUGGGGUGAGAGACAGUGUUAUUAAAAAUAGCAACGUCGGUGUGCACUAUACAAAUCUAAAGUGUGUAUCUUUAGAGAAGAACGAACAGUGUUUUCACUGUGGGUGGGAUUCCUGGCUUCCCACUAGUGUACAAAUGGGUCAUGUCACAACUCUUUAGGACAUCUUAAGGAAACUACUGUCUUUGUCACCACUGAUGAGAUCCUGCUCUUGUCUGCUCUCCUCUCCCCUCACUCCCAUAAUGUGUAAGCUGUAAUGCAGCUCCCAGAGGGAGAAAGUGAAUGGACUAAUGGAGUUCUACAGGGCGGAUGCACUCCAUAGGGGAUGUGAAUCGGCUUAGGUGACCACUGUGUGACUGUAACCUGGGUGGUCAAGAGAACAGAGAGAAAUGUACUCUACUCAAAUCAUUCUGUAGACUCCUUUAUCUCUAUUUGGCUAUUUCACACGUUCUGGUCAAGCAUUUUUUUUUCUUUUUGACUACAUUUGGAUGAUAUUGUCUGGAUCGUGCAGGUGGUGUGUGUGCUCAUCUCUUCUCACUCUGUGAAAUUGGCUCAGAACAGCUCAGCCAACACCAGUCUACCAUGUAGUUAGCAAGCAACACACAGGCUACUAUGAGUUACUGCAUUGUCUUGUAUGCAUUGUUUCAACUUUUCACCUCCUAUUCAUGCAGUCUUUUUCAAUCAAACCUACAAAAAAAGAAAAAGCCUGCCUUAUGUAUUUUUUUAUGAUUGUUAUUUUUAUAACUGUAUCAGACACUACCAUGUUGCAGCGCUUUGGAAUCUGUAAUCAGGUUGCAAAAUAUCAUUUCUCAGCUUACAUUUUUUUUGCAGAUCUUGUAAAUGUGUCUGUUUCGAAGGUAAAGAAUGUUUUCAUCAUUAAAAAAAAAACCUGAAACCCAUA